GUUAUGGCAAAAACUUAUAAUUUAUUUAGCAAGCAAAUACAUUCUCUUACUAAUUUUAUUUGAUUGCAUUACCUUAUGAGUAAAUAAAUAACUUAUAUAAAGCAUAUUAUUUCUUAUCAAUAAUUUCCAUAUCAACAAAGAUCUUAUCACGUUGGGUAACAACCCAGAAUCUUAUCCACUCUUACAUGAAAAAACUGUUAUUCCUGUAAGAAUACUUUAUUAUUAUUAUUUUAAGGGGUCUUAUUAUUUGACAAUGCUACUUGCACACUCAAAACUCAAUGGUCAAAAAUAAAAGAGACUGACUUUUGAUUUUUGAGUUUAUAUUAACUCAGGAAAAGAACAAAAAUAGGUUAAAAAAUGAAACAACUACAACCCAAAAAUUGGUAUUGCUCAAAAAAGAAAACCAUACUAUAGUUCAACAAGAAUAACCCAAAAAUUAGGUUGAAGAAAUAACCCAGGUGUCUUUAAAAGUGUGGUUGUAGUUAUACUUACCUGAACACAACUCUAAAUAAAAUUAAAUUCUGGAGUUCGCCUUCUAGCUGAUGUGGACUGAAUAAACUCUUUCAGGAAGUUUAUUUCACAAUGCUUUUAUUGGUAAUGUUUGAACACAAUACAAUUACAGUCAAGCCCAGACAACAAGCGCACAGGCGAGCAAAAAAAAAAAAAUAAAUAAAUAAAAACUAAAAGUCAAAUACUUUUAGAUUCAUAUAAGGAUUCUGCAAUUUUGGUUAUCACUUCUUUCAGAUCUGAGGAAAAAAAACUUGAAAUUCCCUACUACAUAAAAUGUAGGUGUAGAAGUGAGGAUUUAAUAGUCAUACAUUUUUAGAAGGAUAAUUUAAAAUCAAAGAUGGUUAUGAUGAAGCACAGAAAUGCUGUGUUUGCUGUGGUGAUGGACAUAUUGACGGAUGAUGUUUGACAAAAAUCUCCAAGACAAUCGAGACAACAACGAGGUUAUAGGGAGCAGAGGUGAAGAAGGCGGACGAUUCUAGGUGCUGUCAAGUGUGAGAAAUGUGCAAGAAGGAUGGAGCAGGUGGAGCAAGGUGUGAGACGUGUCACGAAAAGACUGCAAGAAUGAAAGAAAACAAUAUGAAAGGUGGUGGUGGGAGCAGUGAUGCUUUGUGGCCACAGAUGAUAAGAAGUGAGGCUUAAUAAUUAAAAUCUUAUAUAUUAUUGUAAAUAAGCUAAAAACUAACAUUAAAAAUACAAAUAAAAACAUAAAAAUCCAGCAAAGCUGGGCGGAACCUUUGACCAACGUCUUUUCGCCUAGCCGAGCAAUUUUAGAGGUGACACAAAACAAUCUCAGCAGUAGCAGAUGGAUGAGUGGUAAUAAUAAUAGAAACACAAGCUUACUAUCACAAAUGAGAGCCGAUAUUUUUUAGUUAUAUGUGUUUAUUCCUAUACGAAACUCUAUUUAAACAAGCUACCAGUUGUUGUUUGUGUUUUUGGAAAGUGUUAGCCGCCGUAAGAUUAGCUAGCAUGCUAACAUGAUGCCUAGCCCUUCAGACGGGUUACCGGACGAGCGAGGGUCCAUGUAUAGUCAGUCCCAGAGUAACGUAAACACAAGUGGAGACAAAACAAGUCCCAUCAGUGUUAUCCUGGUCAGUUCUGGCAGCAGAGGGAACAAACUUCUUUUUCGCUACCCAUUCCAAAGAGUCGCUGAAAGUCCAUCUUCUCUCACAGCAAAACAGCGGAAUCCAUAUGCACUGAACACAACAGUGGACACGCUGGAGGAUCAGGAUGGAGACUCCAGGGAGCAAUCUCCUCUUACUGACGAACAGUUGGUAGCAGGGUUCUCUGACAUCAUCCUCGCCACCAUCCUGGCCACCAAGUCCGACAUGUGCGGGAAGAAGUUUGAACUGAAGAUUGAUAACGUUCGAUUUGUGGGCCACCCGACCCUUCUUCAGCAUUCUCCCAUCAUCCAGGUUUCUAAAACGGAUCCUUCGCCUAAGAGAGAGCUGCCCACUAUGAUCCUGUUUAAUGUGGUGUUUGCUCUGAGGGCUAAUGCCGACCCGUCAGUCAUCAGCUGCAUGCACAACCUGUCUCGGCGCAUCGCCAUCGCUCUGCAGCACGAGGAGCACCGAUGUCAGUACCUGACCCGUGAAGCCAAACUGAUGCUUUCAGUUCAAGACGAGAUCACCACCAUGACGGAAACAGAUGGCAGCCCCAAGUCCCCGUUUAGGCAAAUUCUCCCAAAAUGUAAGCUAGCCAGAGACUUGAAGGUGGCUUAUGACAGCCUUUGUACAACCGGUGUGGUGCGACUUCAUAUCAACAACUGGCUGGAAGUUAGCUUCUGUUUGCCACAUAAGAUCCACAGGAUUGGGGGCAACUAUUUCCCCCCUGAAGCUUUAGAGCAGAGUCUAAAGGCCAUAAGGCCUUACCAUGCGCUGCUGCUGCUGGAGAGCGAGAAAGCCCUCCUCAGCCAGCUUCCACUGGACUGCUCGCCGGCGAUGGUGCGUUUGAUAAAAACCUGCUCAGCUGUGAAAAACCUGCAGCAGCUCGCACAGGAUGCUGACCUGGCCUUGCUUCAGAUCUUUCAGAUCGCUGCUCACUUGGUUUAUUGGGGCAAAGCUAUUAUUAUCUACCCUCUGUGUGAGAACAACGUGUACAUGCUGUCUCCUCAUGCCAACAUCUGCAUAUAUUCUUCAUUGGCUGAGGAGUUUUCUCAACAGUUUUCUGGUAGUAAUUUGCCCUCCAUGUUAGCCAAGUUCUCCCUGCCCGUCUCCUUGGCUGAGUUCAGGAAUCCCCUGGAAGCUCCUGCUCAGGAGGCCCAGUUAAUUCAGAUGGUGGUGUGGAUGCUGCAGCACCGCUUGCUCAUACAGCUGCACACUUACGUUUGCCUGCUGGUGCCACCCAGCGAGGAUGAGCCCGGAAUGAAGGAUGAAGAACUUCCUCUGGCUGCCCGAGUCGGAAGCCGGAGUCUCAGCACGCCGAGCGCUCUCAGUUUUGGUUCACCCACCAGCAGCGACGACAUGACUCUAACCAGUCCCAGCAUGGACAACUCCAGUGCAGAGCUGCAGCCUGGUGGAGACUCGCCGCUCAACAAACGGAUGACGGAAACUUUACUCACAAGCCUGUCGGAGUACGAACGGCAGGUCAUCCUGAACAUCCCUGCAGCACAAAACCCCGAGGACCUGCGGAUGUUUGCCAGGCUGCUUCACUAUUUCCGGGGACAUCACCAUCUGGAGGAAAUCAUGUACAACGAGAACAUGAGGCGCUCGCAGCUCAAGACGCUGUUUGACAAGUUCCGCAGCGUCUUAGUGGUGACGAACCACGAGGAUCCCAUCAUUUCCAUCUUCCAGUCGCCCAUGGAGUAGCAGUGCAGAGACGGUAUCGAUAGGAAAGCGUCGGGUUGAUUCCCAAAGACUUAGAUUUUUUUUUUUUUUUUUUAAAUCAACAUUUUACAUUGAACUCAAACAACUGCCUUAAAGUGUGCGAAUUUACUUAAAUUGAGGAAGUAUUUUUGUCCUUGAGACAAAAUUUGUUUACAAUAAAUUAUUUUGUACAUAAAAAAA